GCGGAUAGCGGCACUUGUUUGUCAACAAACCAACGAACGGUCGGCGUGAAGUCAGUGAAGUUCUUAUUUCUUGCGAAUCGUCGAACCGAUUUGAAGAUCGCUCAGAAAGCUUGCAAGCAGUUAUCAUCUGUGUUCGCCAAACUCAAGCUUAUGUCCGCGAGAGAAUGUCAAGUAGCACAGUGGACAAGACGAACGCUGACAAAGCGGACAAAGCUAACGAUCGCAUCAUCUGGGCGCUACAUUUGCCGCGGGACUUCGACAAAAUAUCACUUGUCAAAAAUGCCCUAAGUUGCAACAACAUGCUGCUGACAUCACGCAAGAUCGUAAAAAAUCCAGGAUCUGAUCAUUCUGCCGUGAUACCUCUUGUCAUCAACACAGAUGUCGACGCCGACCAUCUUCGUAACAAACUAGAACUUUGCAUUGGCGGCUAUGUAAAUCUGAAAUCGUGUCUGCUGAAAGUGGUCCCAACACACGAAUUUUGGCUGUCGGCGACGGAUAGCCCUCAUAAGGUGCUCCGAAAUCUUGUCAAAGCUCUUCUGCAGGAAGCCGCCUUUGACGACGGUUCGAUUGACCAGCUUCUGUCGGAAGUGCCGAAGCGAUGGGAAAGGCAUGGCGACCUCGUCUUGUUGGGCCAAAGUGCUUUUUCGGACCCCCGCUGGAACAGCCUCGGUCCGAAGUUGUGGCACGCGUGCUGCUCCGCGCUCAAGUGCCAGCGGAUAGCGGUGAACGGCCGCAUCGCCCCCGACGGCCACAGAACUCCCCUGGUCAGGCUGGUCCUGGGUGGCGACGGAUGGGUGACACACCUGGACAACGGCAUCAAGUACUCCUUCGACGUCACCAAGUGCAUGUUCAGUUCGGGGAACAUCACGGAGAAACUGAGGGUCGCAAAACUCGACUGCCACGGCGAAACUGUCGUGGACCUGUACGCCGGAAUCGGGUACUUCACGUUGCCAUACUUAGUUCAUGCUAAGGCAAGACAUGUUCACUCCUGCGAGUGGAACAAGGACGCCGCCGAGGCAUUGACCAAGAACCUGCAGCUCAACGGUGUUGAAGACCGCUGCACCAUACAUUUUGGAGACUGCAGAAAGGUAUGCCCGGAAGGCGUCGCAGAUCGAGUCAACCUAGGUCUGAUUCCAUCCUCGGAGUCCGGCUGGCCCACGGCAUGCAAGGCUUUGAGAAGCGGCUAUGGACAGUAUUGGCUUCAUGUCCAUGAGAAUGUGGACACCCAUCCAAACCAUGCCAGGGGCAGCGAAGCUCAGACUGGGUCCAAAUGUAGUAAAGAGAAGCAGUGGCAAAUGCGUGCGGCCGAAGUUUGCGACACCAUCCGUAAUAUGCUGGAUGAACUUCGAGGUGGAGGGUGGGUGGUCGAGUGCACUCACGUGGAGCAUGUGAAGUCUUACGCUCCUCAUGUGGCUCACAUCGUGAUGGACCUGUGCUGCAGGCGGCAGAAAACCCCGUGACUGUGUGUAAUAUCUUUUUUAGAAUGGAUGAAGUUUUGUUAUUAAUAAAUAGGUUAUUACCAAAGGCAGUGGCAUAAAAGGAAAUGAAUGAAAAAAUAAAUAAAAAGGAAUUCACCUUGUUACCAAAAA